GCGCUCCCCGCCAAGAUUCGCCAGGCGGCCUCGUCUCCUCCCAUCCCCCUAUAGCCUCCCUAUAGUCCGCCUAUAACACCACCACCUCCCGGGCUCCCCCGCACGAACCGCGGACCAGACACAGACAACCCCGACGCAGCCGCGCGCGCACAGAGCCGGAGAGAGAGAGAGAGAGAGGCACCGGGCCCAUCGCAUGGGAGCGCGGUCGACGGCGACCGCGGGGGAGGCGGUGGCGAGGCGGGGCAGCAGGAAGAAGGUAGCCAUGGCGCCGUCGGUGGGCGGCGUGGAGGCGGCGUCCGCGGCGGCGAUGGCGGGCGGCCGGCGCAGCAGGGCCCCGCCGCGGCUGGUGGGCUACGAGGAGCUCCCCGAGUACCUCAAGGACAACGAGUACAUCCGCGGCCACUACCGCGUGGAGUGGCCCAUCCGCGACGCCCUCCUCAGCGCCUUCUCCUGGCACAACGAGACGCUCAACGUCUGGACGCAUUUGGGCGGGUUCCUGCUGUUCCUGGCGCUCGCCGUCGCCGGGGGCGGCCCGGAGGCCGCCCACGACGCCGCGCCGGGGAUCAUGAGGUUCGUGGUGGGAUCAGCUAAUUCGUCGUGGAAGAGCGAUCAAUCGGGCCUACCGGGCCAUGACGCGGCGGCGACGGUCCUGGGCGGGCACGGCGUGCCGCGGUGGCCGCGGAUGGUGUUCCUCGUGGGCGCCAUGGCGUGCCUGGCCAUCAGCGCGACGGCGCACCUCCUCGCGUGCCACUCGCGCCGCGCCACCGUCGUCUUCUGGCAGCUGGACUACGCCGGCAUCUCCAUCAUGAUCGUCGCCUCCUUCGUCCCGCCCGUGUACUACGCGUUCCUCUGCCACCCGCCAGCGCGCGUCGCCUACCUCUCCGCCAUCACCGUCCUCGGCGCGCUCGUCGUGGCCGUGCUGCUCUCGCCGUCGUGCUCCUCGCCGCGGUACCGCCGCCUCCGCGCCACGCUGUUCCUCGCCAUGGGGAUGUCCGGCGUCAUCCCGGCGGUACACGCGCUCUGGGUCAACUGGGGCCACGCCGCCUGCUACCUGGCGCUCGGGCUGGAGGUGGCCAUGGGGCUCGCCUACGCUGUCGGCGCCUGGUUCUACGUCAGCCGCGUGCCGGAGAAGUGGCGCCCCGGCGUCUUCGACGUCGUCGGCCACAGCCACCAGAUCUUCCACGUCUUCGUGCUCGUCGGUGCCAUCACGCACUACGUCGCCGUCGCCGUGCUUCUCGACUGGCGGGAGAAGGCGGCCGUCUCGUGCGGCGGCACGGCGUCGUAGGCAGGCGGCUUGUUGGAACUUGGAACAAGAAAUUGUGACUGGUGUCAUUCGAGAAUCAUUGGACGAUUCGAAUGUAUUAGUAGUGAGCUAGUAGUAGCAAUGUGCUUAAUUUAGUGGCAGCGUGUGAACUUGUGAUUUGACAUGCAGUAUGCAAAUGCAAUAUACAGUUGAUGA